AUGGCCCCUAAAGGCUUCAAACAGAGGGCCAAGCAGGAUAAAUCGACAUCGACACAGAUCCCCGCCCCAUUCACCAAAGCUCCUUCCUCCCUCGAACCACUGCUCCAACGUUUCGACCCGAAACUCGUCCACAUCACCCACAUCGACCGCCAACCUGCCGACUACAAGAAGUCUAUCUUCCUCAUUCCAGUCCUGCUCAACACCACAAUCACCGCCCUCCUACUAUGGCGUCUUUACGUUGCAGUCCCAAAGUACUUCACCUUAGCCCAAACCCUCCUAGGCUACUACACACCCCUCACGGUUGACACUACAUCCACAACUCGCAAACAGCAGAUUGGCAUCCUCCUCCGUCGAACUCUGAUGUUCCUUCUCGACUUCCUGCUCUUUCGAUUUGUAGGACCGUGGCCGUUGACAUUCUUCCUGGAACGACCUUCGAACCCGGUGCAUUAUCGGUGGAAGCUGGGGUUUAGGAAAGAUGAGAUCAUUGUCCGAGUCAGUCGUGGUUGGGGUACGGAAGAUUUGAUGCAGGGCGUCAAGCAGGGUGAAGAGAAUCCCUUCUUCAAGACGAGAGUCUUGCCUGCAAUUAGUCGGGAGGUCAUGGGGAAGACGGGGUAUCUGAUGAUGGAUAAGAGCUGGGAUCUUGAUUUUGAGGUGAUGUUGGACUCGCAUGAGCUGGUGAAAAGGGAGGAUGUGAAGAGUAAGGAGCUGGAUAAGGUGGUGUUUGCAUUCCUGGAAGGAGCGGGUUGGGUGCAGUGGAAGUGGGAGGGUGAGGGACAGGUUGAUGUUGUGGAGGGAAGGAGGCAGAAAGUUGUGGCCUUCAAGGAGACGCUGGGGAAGAUGGGUAAAGAGAGUCUGUUUUGGAAGUGGACGGAGAUCGUGGAAGAAGAGAGGGACAAAGAUGGUGGUUUCACACGAGAGAGGCAGGAGAGGGUUGCGAAGAGGGUGCAGAUGGAGUUUGAGAAGAAUGGCGUGGACUUCGAUGAGGUUGUAAAGAGCAGUGGUGGUCUCGAUGAGGUCGCCCCUAGCAAAUGA